AUGGAGAAGAAAGAGCUAAAGGAAGAGGAGGCAGGAGAGGAGGAGGGAGAGGACAGGGAAGAGGAGGAUAAUGGCUGGUGGCUCCUGGAAGAGGCAGAAGGCCAGGAUGGCAAGGAAAGGAGUUCAUCCAACAGCCUUGUGCAAGGAGCUACAUCUAUGACCUUAGUGGCCAAGUCAUCCAUGGUUUCUAUUGUGCUACCUUAUGAACCUCAAGUUGGCAAUCAGUACCCCCAUGGAACAUCUGUGGAGGCGACGGCCCUGGUAUCUUCCAGGGAGUUCUCUUGUGGUCUUAGCUCCCCCAGCUCACAUAGCUUCGCUGGAGUGGCCCCUGCUCAUCCGUGUUCUGGUGAGGAUGCUUUGGGGUGCCUCACGGGAGCCUCAACCAGCUGCUCCUCACUUCAGGAGGCCUUUCCCAAGAAAGAACUGGAACUAAACAGUCUUACAGGCUCUACAGACUCCCAACCUCAGGUUAGUGCACCAGGGAGUCCUACUACGCCUGUGUCUGCAUUAAAAAGACCCUGCAAGAGAAAGGCAGCCACACCAGAAUUGCAGCUGUCACCCUCGGGGCUCCUACAACUACCCUGGGAUCAAGGUGACCUGCCCCCACCUCCCAAGAUUCCACGCAUUGACACAGAGAAAGAAUCAGACACCAUGAAGAACACGAAGGGUCAAACCACCCAGAUCUCAGAUGAUAUAGUGGAUGCCUUACAGCCUAAGAACCCUGUCCUGCCCAGUACCCCACCUGCUUCAGGGCCUGCAGGUUAUCUGUCUCUGAACAAUGAUGGGGUCUCCAGCCCUGGUCCCCCGGCCUCCACUCCCUUGUUAUACCUGGCUGCUUGGCCCCCAAUCCCAUCUGUCCCUUCUCUUUCCCUCACACCAAAUAUACCAAUAAUCUCCAUUUCUCCUUCAUCUUUCCCUUCUGGUCCUCCUCCUCCCUGUAGGGCCAGGCCCAGUGUGGAGACUCCACCAGAUACAAAGAAAGGCCCUGCUAAUUUGGUCACAGCUUUGGCUCCUGCUAUUUCUCACCUCCCCAGGCCUGGUCCUGAACCUUUGUCUUUCAGUUCCUCUUCCUACAGGAUGGAGUCCCCAACACCAGUGAGCAUAGAUUGUCAUCCUUCCCUCCCUUUCCCUUCCCUCAGGGACCCCCCUACAGUGUUUUCUACCCCAGCAUCCCAUGCCUGUGAAGACAUGAGCUGGGAGCCAUCUUCAGGGUCUGCUGUGAUGGACAUGGACACCACACCCCCUUCUGAGGCAGAUAUUCUGAGCUCACCCAUAGUCAGCACUGGUAGCUCUUUGCCAGUUAUUCCUACCCACAGCAGUAUGCAACAGAGGUGGCUGGCUGCAAAUGCUACAGUGUCCACUGGCCCACUUGCACUCAGGGUCCCCUGUCACACCCCAAUGGGGAACAGUCUGUACACUCCUAGGCCUACCAAUGGGUGGAAGCAGGAAGUGUCUCCCUCUGGUGAUCCUGGUGUUUGGAUUCAACCUGGGCUGGUCCCGGCUCUUCCUCCCAUGGUAGCAAUAACCCCUUCUCAUCCUGCCUCUGACUUUGAGCUCAUGGAUACCACCCCUCCAUCUAAAGCUGUCAUCUUGUACUCCUCCCAUGCUGCUGACCACGUCUCUAGGAGUUUGCUUCCUCAAUCAGUUUGGGAGCCUACUAAGGCUUACAACCGUCCUAGAUGCACCUCUCCACCCACCUGUGCAUUGCUUAGUAGGCCUCAGCCUGAUGACUAUGUCUUCAGGAGGAAUCCAUCCGCUUCGACGCUAGCAAUUGACCUAACCUCACGAGCCUUCCAACCUGCCAGAGGUAGCACAACCCAACUAGGACUUGCAGGCUCAACAUUACCUGCUGGCCUUGGCAAGCCUCAAGGCACUGCACUGGCCUAUGGGAAGCGCCCAUGUGCUUCCUCCAUUGCCACACCCACUUUGGGGUUUGCUCUCAGCAAAGGAAUGGGCUCAGGAGACUGCAGCUCAUCAUUCACCAACUUCACUCCCAGCACAUCAGCGUUGUCGGUGAGACCUGCGGCGCCACUGAAUGGAGAGAACUACCUACAGGGCAAGCUCACGCAAGGACGCGUGCCCGCACCUCGAGCCUGUGCUGCUAGACGGAAGGAAAAGGACAGUGGAACCACCAUUGCCCCUAUAGUUCUCAAACUUUGCCGCUCAUCUACGCACAGUGGUGAUGCUGUGCAAGUGGGGGCUGGGGGGCAUUAGAUUAGGGUGUGUGGAUCACUUACUGCUCUCCAGGCUGGCUCAGGCUCAGGGAUGCUUACUAGAACCCUUGACUGGCAGCAUAACCCUUACUAUUUAUAGAACUACAUACAAAAGUACAAAACUUGACAACUUCUGCAGAUGCACAAAGACUUGUUGACCAAGCAUGGUUACUAUGACUAGACUGUGUUUUUGAGUGUACUAAUAUUUUCUUUAGUAUUCAGGGUAUUGCCCAAAUUAGUUUAUUCUCAUGAUAGUAUUCGUGUUCUUUUCAGUUACGUAUUAAAAAUGAAGCUUAUGUUAAUGUUCUUAAAAAUGACU